AUGAUUUUCUCAUUGAUUUCUUUAACGAAAUCGAAACAAAUUCCAUUGAUUGGUCUCUUUACAAGAGAUAAUCCCGAAGAUGGUUAUAAUAAUAAUUCUUCUUCGCCGUCGUCGUCGUCCUUAAUUUUUGACUAUGCAACCAAACAUUUAAAAGCAAUAAAAACUAUUCAUACAGAACUCGUCAUACAACGGUACGAACAAGAUAUUCCAUGUGACAUGGCUAUUGCAACAAAAAUGGUUUUCGACAUGAUACAUCAAACUCCGAAGCCGUUAGCUAUAUUUAGCGGUUCUUGUCGAAAAGUAGCAUCGGCUAUUGCUGAAACAGCUGGCGUAUAUGACAUGACCACAGUGUUCUAUUCCGAAACAAGUUCACUAUUUGCUGCUCGAGAAAAAUAUCCAUCAUUAAUACGAACCGUACCUGGCGAUUCUCAGCAUAAUAUAGCUCGAAAACUACUAUUGAGACAAUAUCAUUGGCAUCGAUAUGGGAUAUUAUAUCAAUACGAACGACAGUAUACAAUGCCUGUAACACGAUUCAAUGAUCUAUUACAAGACGAAAACGAUUGGGAAAAUGCUUUAUCGAAGGGCAUAUCAUUUAAUGAUCUUGAUGAAACACAAGGUAACCGAACAAGAAAUUCAUUAAAAGAAGCAUUUGAUGAAUUACAAGUAAGUCUUUGA